GACCGACUAUAAACCGGCCUUUAGGGUGUGGCGCGGAGCUUUCAUACUUUGGCAUACGGGCAGACUUGACUCAAAUAAUUCCUGCAUAUGAAGCGCGACAGCGGCAAGACAUGUUAACUUCGUCUGUCGUUCUUUCUGUUAUUUUGGUUAGCAAUUUUCAGUUGACCUACGUUAUAAUGUUCUGUUAAUGAAAUUAAUGACACAUGGCUCCAUACACAGCCCGACGAAACCCGCUAGCAUCACUGCAUUGAAGUUCCAUUAUCUCGCAACUUCGACGACCAAAUGAGCUCAAAUUUUCACAGCAUUUGGGAAAAGACCUACAAGUUUGAGAUCCAAAAUGGCCGGUCCCACUCCUCAUUCCGAUGAGGUAAUUUACCUUCAUAAAGGUAUUCCUUUUGACGAAAGAUUUGUCCCGAUGAAUAGCUGGAAUGAAAUCGAGAGGUUCCAGGCUCGUCCAAAUGACAUCAUCAUCAAUACAUAUCCAAGAAGCGGAACCCACUGGCUACUUCGAAUCGUAGAGAUCAUUAUGGACUAUCCCUUGACUUCCAUAGUCGACCUGGCUAUAAUGGAGAUCACAAUGCCCGGCAGUGCCAAGCCAUUUUACAAAGAGCUUCAACAACUGAGGACAGACAGACCACGGGUUAUCGUUACCCAUCUACCACUCACGCUCUUCCCAAAAUCCAUCUUGGAGACGGAGGGUGUUAAGAUAAUCUACUGUAUGCGGAAUGUCUUAGACGUCGUCGCAUCUUCGUUCGAGUUUGGAAAGAAAGGUAUAAAUACGAUCGACUUGCAAGAUAUCUCCAAGUUUGUCAAGUUUAUGUCUGACGGCAAAGGUAUGUUUGGGGAUUGGGCUGAGCACAUCAAGUUGAUGUGGGCUCGAAGAGAAGAGAUAAACACUCUUGUGAUCAAAUACGAGGAACUGAAGACGGAUUUCGAACAAACAACCAGAAUUAUUGGGGACUUUUUAGGGCGCCCUCUGUCGCCAGACAAACUUCGGCAGUUGGAUGAAGGCUCCUCUCUCGAACGGAUGAGAGCGGACCAGGAAGAUGGUGUUGAAUGGGUUAAAUACACCAAGCCUAUACAAAAAGGUGAGGUAAGUUUUGGAAGAGGGCUGUAUUCCGAUAAAGAUUUCGCUUUAUUGAAGAAAUAUGUGAAUGAGUCUCUAACUGGAACUGGAAUUCACUUUCCAACGGGUGACGAUAUUAAUUAAAGGCAUCAUUGGUGCAUGCUGCAUCAUUAAGUUGAGAGAAAAAUCACACCUUGGCAUAAAUUUGAUAACUAAUCUCUGUUGACUUCUUUGUGACUUUUGGUGUGUGUUGUUUUCACCUUCCGAAUUCGGUGAAUUUUAUUUGUUUAAGACUGUUGACUGGAAAUUAUUUAAUCCCUUCCCAAAGACCUUUGAUGAACUUUCAGAAAUGUCUGUUUUUAUUUAAUACAAAAUAACAUUUAUUUUGUAAACUUUUCUGUUAAAGGUAUUAAUAACUAAAAUAAGAUUGAUAGUCACUGACUGUGUUCUAGCCUUGCUCGAGGCAGUCCAAUUAUUCACUCCGAAUAAAAUAUAAAGACCGCCACUGUAAAAGCCCACCCCUAUACACUGUGCGUAUGUGUGAUCCCGGUCACCGCACAUCGCACGACACGACGCCCCCCACGAUGCCCCGUAUGCUAUCCGCAUGCAUCGGCCGUUGUCGGUACGAGUGCGGAUGACUUGUGUGCAGUAGUCGUACAGUGGCUAAGCACAGUGUCUGCGUCCUUUAGGAGUGAAUGAUGCGACUGCCUUGAGCAAGACUAACUGUACUGUGUUCAUGUAAUGUGCAAACUUGUAAACAUUUUGGGCUUAAUUCAGCGAUAAAAUAGUGAAAUAAUGUCUACACUUUCAGACAAGAUCAGCUGCACCUCGGGGGGGGGGGUAGGAUAUUUUAUGGUACGUUUCAUAGCAGUUUUCUCCAACUUGUCUAUACCUUCAUUUCAGAGGGAAACAUUAAAUGUAGAAAAAAAUGUUCUAGUAAGUAUGAACUUCAUGUUCAACAGGCCAGUGUCAGACUAAGAUUUAACAAGUAUGUUUUGUGUGUGUAUUCUUGUCCAUAUUAUCAUAUUAUUUAAUAAAUUAAUAUUGAAAUCACCCAUUAUGUAGCAUUUUUCCAUACUUUUUUUAUGGUUUGUGAAGUUUAACAGCAGUGGUAUAUGUGUACAAUUUCAGUUAGUAUAUUACCGUGAGAGGAGUUAAUGAUCUCAAUAAAGCAACCCUUCCAUUUCUGAGUUAUUAAUACACAGAUCUUUACAAAUUGUGUACACAAUAUAAUUUCAGGUGCAAUGGAUUUACAUCGUCCAUACGACUAACACAAUUAUAAGAAGACAGAAAAUAAAAAUAAAGAAUUUGUGAAGUCUCUUCCC